AUGAGUGGUGACGACAAAUGGCGCAGCGGACCCAGUCGCCAAUCGUCGCAGCGUCAAUCCGGAAACCGUGAUCGAGCUGGAGGACAUGGGCAAGGGCAGGCAGCUAGUCGCGGCGGAAAUCCCGCAUGGAACAACAACUCGGCACCCUCGCAGCAGGACCAGCAUGUUCCCGUGAGGGAAUUCAACGCCGCCGAGGCGAAGAACCUGUUAAAGAAAGACUCAAAAGUUCCCUUCUACAAGCCCACCGGCAAGGACGCCAAUAACCAGAAAGCCGGAGGACCGUGGGGCGCGAAGGCGAACACAAUGGCCAAUGGAAAGGACUUCUUCGUCGAGCUUCGAAAACAGGUGGCUUCUCUACAGCGAGGCGGGCCCCCGGUCGGUGGCUGA